CUUAAUUUCAUCUUGUUGACUCAUUGUGAGUUCUAAACUACAUCGCGAUUAUAUCGAGUCAAAAAUUCACUAAAUACAUUCAAUUUGAAUUACUAAACGAUGUUCUCAAAUUCUGUGUAAUUUUAUUGAAAAAUGAAGGGUUGGUGGUGCAUUUUCGGUGUUAUUCCGGUACUGGAAGCGAUAACCCUUCAGAUUAAUGAGUGUCCCAAUGAAUGUUUUUGCGAUGAACAUAUCGCAGACUGUCAUGAUAGAAAUUUGGAUAAAUUUCCAGACGGAAUAGGUGAUGCAGAUAUUGUCAAUUUAGAUGUUUCUGUCAAUAGGAUAACGAAAAUACCGGAUGGUUUGAGCAAAUUUGCGAGCUUGAAAUACCUCAACGUAUCUAACAAUAGGAUAGCAGCUUUAGGUCACAUGGACUUAACCAAUUUAACUAAUUUACAAGGGGUGGAUUUUACGUAUAACUCUUUCCACGAUUGGAAGGAUAUCCAUUCGCAAGUGUUUACGUAUUUACCGAAUUUAACGUACCUGAAUUUUUCCAGCAAUCCAAUUAGUAAUGUCCCUCCUCGUUCGACGCAUUUUAAAAUAAAAUCCCUAGAAAUUUUGAAAUUGAACAAUUGCUCCAUGACUACGAUUCCGAACGGGUUUUUGAGCGGUAUGACGAGCAUCAAAGAAUUGCAUUUCAGUUUGAAUCCUAUACAAAAAUUAAACACGAUUUUCUAUUCGAAAUCGCUCAAAUUAAUGGACAUCAGUCGAACGUUUCUGACACAAACAUCGCCAAAUGCAUUCGUAGGCUUAAGGAAACUGGAAACUCUGCUACUUAACAGAAACAGAUACCUCAGAAACGUAACUAUAAAUUCAGAAACUUUACUCUACUUGGAUAUUUCGGAUAGUUUUCUAGAAACACCUCCAUACGGAGCAAUGAAAUCGCUAGUGCAAUUAAAUCUAUAUGGAAAUAUUAUUAGGAUAUUAACAAACAAUAUUUUUGCUAAUAUGUCUAAUCUACGGGCGCUCAAUCUGUCCCUAAAUGCCAUCACUUCGAUCGAAGCAAACGCAUUCAGAGCACUAGAUGAAUUAAAAAUUUUGGAUUUGUCCUACAACAAAAUCAGCGUUAUUGAAGAAAGCACGUUUUUAUCCACAAAAUCGUUGCUUACGCUGGACAUAUCACAUAACUAUUUAACAUCAAUAGACAGUAUUACCAGUAUGUCUUUGAACGUACUGAACGUAGGCUACUGUGAAAUAAAAACCAUAGGAAAAUUCGCUUUGUCAACUUUGCCGAAGCUCACUAAGCUCUCGUUGCAAAGGAACUUCAUUUCGUACAUUCCCGACGAAUUGGUGGGAGGCAAACUAAGAAAUUUGGAUCUCAGCGAUUGUAGAAUAAAACUAAUCAACAACAUGACCUUUAAGAACAUGUGUUAUUUGCAAAUUUUAGAUUUGUCGAGCAAUCGCCUGACCUCCAUACAAUCGAGCAACUUCCCUCCCAGCUUAGCAAUACUCAAAUUAAAAGACAACCAAUGGAGAUGCGACUGUUCCGCGAUAAAAGACACAUUCGAGUGGUUACAAAACCACGAAUCAGACGCUGAGGAUUUAUUAUGCGAUUCUCCAGAAAACUUCGACGGCGAGACCUGGCAAGUAGCUUGCCAGGACUACUGGUACCCCACACCAGGAAAGAAAGACCACGUAUGGUGGUACUCCGUAGCUCUAAUCAUCUCCAUGAUUUUCCUCCUCUGCACGGUGAUAGCCCUAAGGAAAAUCAACGAAAUCCGAGAAAAACGAAUCAGGGAACUCGAAGAGACCAGGCGGCAAAACGAGAGGGAUGCCAGAGAAACGUUGCAAAGAAUGCGACAGAUGCACCGCGAUUACAGGGAAGAGACCAGCAGGAAUGCACCGGAUCCCAGGGAUAGCCAAGGCCCGCCAUCCUAUAACGAUGCUCUGCUGCUGCCGCGUCUCGACUCCUCGCAUCCCAGCCUGGCAGGAAGCCUGCAUAGCAUAGUAAGCAGCGUCCACGGCAGCAAUCCUGAUGUGACCAAGAAACCGAAAGUGAGGCGGAAACGGCGGAGGAGGCGAUCAGAUUCCGCCGAAAGAUUACCCAGGCGAUCGAUUGUGGAAGAUUCGAAUGAUUCAGAGCCGGAUCGAUCGCAAAGGCCUUUAGAAAGCGAUUUCUGAGCGCGCCCAAAGACUGUUUUGCUCUUUCGAAAAGUUGCACAUUGUUUAGAUUAACAUUAAUGAAGUGAAUUGGUAAAUUUCUAAUAGUAAAUAAUGUCCCUACAUGUUAUUUUUGUAUCAAGGCGAUCCAAUUAAUGCUGUUAACUGGGCUUUGUAUUAGGGGACAUAGCUAUAUUUAUCCUUGUAGUUUGACUAGUCAACAUGAUGGUUCACUUCUAAAAAUUAAACAAAAAAGUCUACUAGUAAUAACUUAUUUAUGUUAGAAUAAUCCUUUGCUAUUUGUAAAAUUUCUUGUGCUAUGUUCAAUUUAACUUGUGUAUUUAAUGUAACUAAAUAUAACGAUUGUUAAAAUUCAAAUUAAAAUUGCCACAUCCUGUAUGAGUAAAUUCAGAUUUUGUUAUAACAAAUUUAAUUUAUAUCAGAGUAUAAAAAUGCUAUUAAAUUAGUUUGUAUUAAUUUCCUUUCGAGCUUUAUUUGUUUAUUAAUACUCUGAAACGACUAGGAAUUUCUAAUUCGUAGUAGUUAUGAUAGCUUUAGGCUAAAUUUAUCAUAUCUUUUUAGCUGAUCUGAUAUGUUGCAUAUAAAAUUACAGCGUUUUUAAAUGAAAUACAUGUACUUAGAUUCUAAUUAGAUGUAAAAGUUGACGAAUGUAUUUUGUUAUCGAAAAUGACAUAUUUAUAAUUUUACUGGUUGUUGAUGUAUAGAUUAACAAU